AUGAAUAAUGAGAGACACAAUAAAAAAAGAGAUAAAACAUCUAAUGAUGUUAAAAGUCUUCUCACUUAACCAAGUAUGUUGUUCAAUCAAAAGGUUGAAGAGAAUAUCAUACAUGUAAUCUAAUAAUUACAACCAUUGAGAAAUGAAAAUGAUGAACUUAAAAAUACUAUACUUGCAACAUAAACUUAUUUAGAAGUAUUAUCCUAUUAAUAUAGUAAUUUAGUAAUAAAGAGAGAAUUUAUCACAAAUUAUUAGGGAAACAGAGAGUAGAGAACUAGUGAAGAGAAUAGCAGAUUUUCCAACGUUGAUUUCUAUUUUGUAGGAAGAUAUGAAAUCCAUGUAAGAAACAUUAAGUAAAUGUAUUUCAAACUCUAAUACAUAAUAUAGAAUCAUAAAUAUUGACACAAUAAGCUAACCAGUUACUAUUUUUAAAUGAGGAACGUAAUUCUAAUUAUGAACAAAUCAAAAUGGAGGUCUCAAAGUAAUCAAUAGAACAAUAAAAUAUUAUUUCUCAUUAGGAUGAGUUAAUAAGAUAAAAAGAUUAAAGAAUAUUUUAAUUAAAUUAAUUGAUAGAGGAUGAGAACAAAAAAAUUAAGAAGAAUUAAAACUCACAUUUUGAAUUAGUGGAUUCUUAUAAUGAGAAAUUGGAAGAACUUACAAAUCAAAUUAAUGAAGAAAUAGAGAAAUAAGAAUAAAUGAAAUUUAAAUAUACUUAAAUGUUACAAUAAUAAUAAGAAGAACAUAAUACUUAAGUGGCCAUUAAAUAAGAUCAAUAUGAAUUUGCUUUAGGGGAAUUAAGAAAUACAUAUGAAAAACGUAUGGACAAAUUGAUUAAAGAUAGUGAAUUCAGAAUUUCAGAAGCAAAUAAAGCAUCUAUUAGAGCCAAUAAAGAAUUAGAAUAAGUAAGAAAUAAAUACGAAUAAGAAAUUUAAAAAAAUGAGCAAUAAUUAAUCUUAAUAAAAAAUCAAUAAAUUCAAUUAUAAUAGUAAUAAUAAUAAACUCAAUAAUUAAGAGCUGAUAUGUAAUAACAAUCUUUAUAUCUUCAUUAAACUAAAGCAAUAAUAGCUAAUUUGAAGAAAAACAAUAAUAUUGUACUUAAUGAAGAAUAAUUAUAGUCGGAAUAAUAAAUUUAACAAUCCUUAGAAAACUUUUAUUUAACCAAUCCUACAAAUCAUUUUUCAACUUAGACAUAAUUUUCAUAAGAAAUUGAGCAUCAGUAAUAAUAAACAUCACCUUCUUUGUGGCCUAAAGAUGUUAGUUCCUUCUCUCCUAAUACAUUCAAACUAAAUUUAAAAAAUGCUGAUUAAUAAACUACUCAAAUCUCCCCUAUUUCUAAUUUUAAAUAAAAUUAAGAAUAAGUUCCUAACUUAGAUUUAGAUGAAAUAUAAGAAUUAAAAAAAUAAACUAAUUUAAUCAAAAAACUCAGAAAGAAAAGAAAUUAAAGAUCAAAAAAUAGAGAAGAUUAAUAUUAUUAUCAUAUUAGUACUAAUAGUGGAUUAAAUACAAAGGAAUAAAUAACUGGACCAUCUCCAAAAUAAAGUGAAGAAACACCUCAUUCUAAAUUUGCUAGUGCUAACUUUACUUAAGCCUUUGCAACUCAUCAUUCAAAUCUUAGAAGAAGAAGUAAAUUAUAAAUUAACUUUUCUAAUAAUCAAAUUUAAGAAUAAGAGAUUAAUCAGGAAAUUCAAACAUAGGAUAUUUUUUGCUAAACUGAAGAUUAUUUAUUAGAGUAAUUUAUAAUAAAUGAAAAUUAAAAAACAGUUAAUACCCAUCCAUAAGAAAGGUCAAAUAGUUACUAUUUUUCACCUAAUAAAAAAAAUCAAAUUGCCUUCAAUAUGUUAGAUAAUAGUUCUAGAAAUUAGCAUUAAUUUAGUCUUUAAAUAUUACAAAGUGACUAGGAUGAAUUUUAAGUUUAAUAGAAGGAUGAAGUCUCUAUUCUAAAGGAACAAAUUUCUGCUCUUCAAUAAUAAAAUCAAUUAUAAGCUAAUAAUAUAACUGAUUUAUAAGAAAAAGCUUAGCAAAUGUAAGAAAGGAUGAGAGAUAAUGUAAAAUAAAUGAAAUAAUAAAUUUAAAGAAGUUCAUAAGAAAACUAAACUUUAUUAAAAUAACUAGAAAAACCAAAAGAAGUUAUUAAGAAAAAGGUUGAAUUGUAAAAGCAUUUAGAAAAUUAGAUUUCUCAUAGUGAGAAUUUAUAGUAUUAAUUAACUAAAGCAACUGAAAUUAUAAAAUAUUUUAAUAAUGAACUUGAGAAUUAUAAAUAAAUGUUUAAUAUUUUUGGAUAAGGUAUAAAAUCAGAAAGAUUAAAAUCUAAAAAAUUACCAAGUAUUUAUUAGCCUUCUCCAAAAAGGAAUAUUGGAGAAACAACUCCUAUUAAAUAAUCUAUGUAUGAAGAAGCACAAAGAUUAAUUGAUAAUCUGUAUGACAUUAAAUCAUAUAAAAGAAAUUGA